UCGGAAACUGCAGCAGUCGUCCUCUGAGCUGAGCUCUCAGUUCAGUCGCCCUUCAGCAGAGAAACAGUCCUCCUCUCAGACAAAACAGACAUCAGCACAGCACCUAACCAUGGCAGGGACUGUGGUACGGAAAGCUCUCGACCACCUGAAGAGCAAAGAUUUCAGGGAUUAUUUGAUGAGCACGCAUUUCUGGGGUCCUGUGGCAAACUGGGGUCUUCCAAUAGCCGCCAUCACAGAUAUGAAGAAGAGCCCUGAGAUCAUCAGUGGCAGGAUGACCUUCGCUCUGUGCUGCUAUUCCAUCCUCUUCAUGAGGUUCGCCUACAAGGUGCAGCCACGCAACUGGCUACUGUUUGCUUGCCAUCUGACCAACGAGUCAGCGCAGCUAAUCCAGGGAAGUCGUCUCAUAAAAUACAACAUGGAGAAGAAGAUGAAAUCUUAGUGGCAGAGUAAAGCAGAUGCAAAAUGUUCAAAGGCAGAGUGGCACUGCGAAGCUUCAACAACCGCCUAAACCUGGACAUCGGAACAAAUGCAUCUAAACGUCCCGUCUAAUCCCUGAAACCAUGGCACUUGCACCAUUUUUUAAAAUGAUGUUACCAUGAUUCAUCAUCCUCAUUAAGUUUUAGUCACUUUUUAUUACACAGACAGAAAAAAGCAGAUGCUUUUCUCCAAAAAUUAGGUCAACUGUAAUUUUUUUUUAGAUUUUUCAAUAUUCAACAUGACACACAAAAAUAUAAUGUAGGUGAAUGUGCACUCAGCUAACCAGCCUGACAGUUAGCUGCCUUGCACUGGAUGGACUAUGUGUUGCACACUUUCAGACUAGGCUAAAGCAAUCACUUUUCACCAGUCGUCCCAUUUUAUUUUUUCUUACCUUAGUAAUUGAAAUAAUAAUGGUAUUUUAGAGAACUUAGCCUGAAGUCAGUUUGUGCAAAUAUGUCCACACCGUGGCAGAUUAUCACUUGCUAAGCAUAUGAACUUUCAUUCAUUAACCUUUACCUAAACGCAGAGGACACACAACUAAGAUUUCUGUUUAUUUUGCCCUUCAGCAAGAUGUUACGCUGUAUUAUGGAAAUGGAGUGUGUAAGAGGAUCCAGUUUGGUCUGGUUUUAUUCCAGUGUAAUAAAUAAGACAAGCUGCUUCUGUCAGUGCUGACCAAACAUGUACUGUGUGUUGUUGUAAUCAUGUCAUUCACAUUAAUUUAUUGUCAUGUAUAAUUCACAUUAUUUUUCCCUGAUUAAUGAUUUGACUUUCUGGGUUUGUUCAAAUAAACUGGCUAUAACCAACUUGAACACAA